UAAUAUAAUAUAGUAUUAUAGUAUUUAUUAUGAUACAAAAUAAUUUGAAUGAGCUCAAGUGUCAGAGCCAAUCAAUCUUUACAGUAACGGAAAUUAACUGAUUUUAAUUUCAGAAUAAAUUCUGCCACUGAACCUAGGGUAAUUAAGUUAAAUGCCAGCGGAACUUAUUCUGAAAAGCAUCACCGGAUGUGAUAUCCCCCUUUAUUGCUGUGAACGCGCACCAGUCAUCGAUACUUUAAAUAGUUGCUCUCGAUGGGGAUGGACACAGAGGAGCGACCCCCCCGCGGAAGAAGAAGGAGAAGAAGAAGCAGAGAAGAAGUGGUUUCUUGUCCGAGUCCAACGAAGAAGAAAAAAACAGCCACUUUCUACUGAGACCGUUUGAGUUUGAGGAGAGUUCCGCUGCAGCAGAGGAGGCUUCAGGGGGCUUCAGGGGGCUUCAGGAGGCUUCAGGAGGCUUCAGGGGGCUUUGGAGGAGGACUUUGGUCAUGCACAACGGCUGUGAGGCCGGGAGCUCCUAGCCAAAGGACGGCCGGCAACCAGGGCGUCGACGAGGGAACCCCCCCGAGGCUCUGCGUUCCUGCCAUGCCAGAAGAGGCGGACGGCGCCAUGAGAACCCCCGCGGCGCCAGAAAAGGCCAACAGCGGCGAGCGCCCCGCCGGGGCCACGGCGGUGAACGUCCCCCUGGUCAACGAAAUUCAGCUGACCGCCGCCACCGGCGGGGCGGAGCUGUCCUGCUACCGAUGCACCGUCCCCUUCGGCGUGGUGGUCCUCAUCGCCGGCGUGGUGGUCACCGCCGUGGCCUACAGCUUCAACUCGCACGGGUCCACCAUCUCGUACUUUGGCCUGGUGCUGCUCUCCGCCGGCCUGGUGCUCCUGGCGUCCAGCGUGGUCUGCUGGAAGCUGAGGCUGGAGAGGAGGAAGGAGAGGCGGCGGGAGAGCCAGACCGCCCUGGUCGCCAACCAGAGGAGUAUUUUCACCUGAACGCGGCAGUUCGGACACAUGGACCACGGGGGGGGGGGUUCUUGAAUGGUUUUAGCAGAACCAGCUGCGGACAGAUGCUGACUGGCAUGUGUUGUUUUCCAAGUUGUAAAAGAAAAAAAGAAAGAAAGAAACUGACGGCAGACUCCAGAGGCCCAGAUGCUUUGAACACUUUGUGAGGGAUUUAUUUAUCCAACAGACGGCGAGCAUCUGGCGAGCUGGGAACGCAGCCAGAGGGAAUGUAUCACAAUUAAGAUGAAUUACUGCAGUUCGAAGUGAUGUAGAGGAAGUCUCCCAUUAAUCUGCCGUUGGAUGUGGCGGCUUUGAUUGUAAUGGGAGGGAUUGUGGUCUGUAAGGCCCAGGAGAGCAGAGGGAAACCGAAGAAAUCCAGGGACAAUGAUUCACGCCACACUUACCACUCUUCAUCGUGGACAUGUGUGUUUUGUGAAGCUUCAUCUCACAGGAGUUAAUAGGAAUGUUAAGUACGGUACUCGAUGAGGAUUGUCUUUAAAACAUGCCAUUAUAUUCAGUGCAGCAUAUCAGAAGGCACACGAGGUCCAAGGGAGUAUUUGACCUCAAUUAUAUAUUCUGUCGAGGCACUUUGAUUAUCAUUAUCGGCAUAUUCAGUAUUAAACUAUGCUAUUAAUUCAUUAAGUAAAGUGAUUCAUCCCGAAUUUUACAAGCUAGUCGGCAAAGAAAAAUGAGGAGUGUCGUGUUGGAUCCGUUGAAUGAUGACCAUUCUAAACCAAAAUGAUGUUUCAUAACAGCCUCGGCCAACAUCUGGAGAAACGUCCAACGCAACAAAGUAACUUGUGUCAAUAAAUAACAGCUGCAACAAUGUAACGUAGCACAUCAUUUAAUAACAGUACUUUUCUUACUAGAAGUCUGCUAAAGAAGCGUUGGUUUUACACGAGACGCAAACUUCUGUCUCCUUGGUGAAAGUCUUGUGUUUGUCGGGUCCGUACAGCCCCCCUCCUCCCACCAGCUGUGGUCAUCAGUGAUGAUCACUUAUUGUACUUGUUGUACCCCCAUACUGUAAAGAAAUAUGUAAUGUAGCAUAUGUUUUUCUUUAAUGUUAUCAUUUGCAUGUAUUAUCUGUUACCGGGAAGUCAUCAGGUUUAAUAAACUGAUAUAUACACAAACAUCA